GUGCUGCCCCUCGGCCUGUCCCGGCCGCCGGCGCCGCGCUGAGGGGAGCGCGGAAACACCGAAACCCCCCUCGCCCAUUCCCUGUAGGGACGGACCGGACCGGACCGAACCCGACCAGGCCGGGCCGGGGGGGAGUCCCGCCGCUGCCUGCCGGGGACCCGCCGGCUUCGCCUGAGGGGCUCCGAGCGCGGGCGGGGAUGGGAUCUGCGCCGGGGCUGCCCCGGGUGCGGCCCCGGCGGUGGCCGAGACCCACAGCGGCACCGUGUCCCACACAGCCCCGGGGGUCACCGCCCUCCGCGUUCCCUCCGUGCCCCGGGGCGCUCGGAGCAGCUCCCGGUGAGACCCAGCGCCCCGGGCGCCGCGGACAUCCCGGGACCGGGGUCUCGGCUCUGUCCCGGCCGUGACCCCCAGGUUCCCGGGGUGGGGAGCUCCGGGGACACCGCGGGCGGGACACGCGGGGCUCCCUCCGGCCUUGACGUCGCGCCUCGUUCUCUCCCGCCAGCGCCGCUCGGCUCCGGCCGUUCCCUUCCAGCAUCCCGGGGUGGCUCCGCUCCAGCUCCGACACGCGGGACUGAAAUGACCUUGGACGCCGGGACCAAGGGCAGCUCGCCGAAUCCCGCCCGGGCUCGCUCGGGCCGCGGCCGCCCGCCCGCCGGUGCCUCCCUCCGCCUCUGAACCUCCUGGGCUUUGCUGAGAGGCGGGAUCCCUGCCCGGCUCGCUCCGGCCCUGGGGAAGGGAUCCAGCGGAAAUCGCUCGCCGACGGAGGGGCUCGCGCCGGACCUUUUCCAGGCUGGAUCCCAGCACCGCUGCCACGCCGAUGCAUGAGAAGGCAGCUCCCCUGAAGAGCCCCGAGCUCAGGCACAGUCGUGAGAAGCUGGAGGUGUCCCACAAGCAGAAGAGUUUGGAUUCCCUCGACGGCAGCCUCCGCCUGAAUGAAACCCUCAAGGAUGAGGACAUCAAGAAAUGCCACCGGGAAGUGGCUGCUAGCAAGUACAACUCCCAGUACCACAAGCUGUUCAAGGACAUCCCGACGGAGGAGAGCGUGCUGAAAGUUUGCUCCUGCGCGCUACAGAGAGACAUCCUCAUCCAGGGAAGGCUUUACAUCUCCCCCAACUGGCUCUGCUUCUACGCAAACCUUUUUGGGAAGGACAUUAAGGUUGUGAUCCCAGUGGUGUCUGUACAGCUGAUAAAGAAGCACAAGACUGCUCGGCUGCUGCCCAACGGCCUGGCCAUCACCACCACUGCCAGCAGAAAGUACAUCUUUGUAUCCCUCAUCUCUCGUGACAGCGUCUAUGACGUCCUGAGGAGAGUCUGCACCCACCUGCAGGUUUCCAGUAAGAAGAGCUUGAGUCUGAAGGAGCUGUCGGAGGAGCCGGACUCCGUGUCACUGGAGGUGAUUGUCCCCGAGGGCAAGUGGAGGAAGGUGUCACCUACCUCACUGUCACUAUCACUGCCAGAUGCCAACUACCAGUGCAUCCACCGGACCUCUGUCAGCAGCCUAAGCGCCAAGGAGAGCUCCUUCACCUCUGAGGAACCACUGGUUUCAGAAAGUGCAAUAAAUACUGAGGAAGAGCUGGAGGUGGAGCAGAGCUGUGUGGCAGAGCUGAGACCCUCCGACUACCAGCUCCUGAAGAUCUUCAUCGUGCUCAUCUGUCUCCUGGUCGUGUCCUCCUCAUACCUGGCGUUCCGCAUCUUCCGUCUGGAGCAGCAGCUCUGCUCUCUGAAUCGGGAUUACCUCUCCCGCGGGCACAGGAGGUGAGGGACCCUCAAGGACGUUUUGGGACACACAGGUCGUGCCAUGAGUGGAGGACUUGAGGGAGUGUGGGUGAAAAGAGGAAUGGCUCCGCUCUGUGAUGUGUCUGAGGAAUGCUUUGUCCCUUAUUCUGGGCUUGCUGUUGGGCUGGCCAGUGACAAAACUCACAGUGGAGGUGAUCCCAUCAGCUGCUGGUGUGAACAACUGGGAAGCUCUGCUCUCCCUGAGACUCUGGAGCUUGGGAAGAGGUUUCCUCAUUGGUUUGGUGCUGGUUCUCCUGUUGUAGGAAGCACCAGGACAUCUCGUUGGAGCUGGGCUGUUCCUGGGGGCCAUGGGCAUCUUCUGCAUGAGAUGGACAGGAGGGGAAUCUCCUUGGGCUGAGGACAUCAGAAGGCACCGGGAUGGGAUACGGAGUCUCUGCAGUCACUCAUCCCAACUUACCCCACUCCCUGCUUACAGGUGACCGUCCCCCAGGCGCUGGCUGAGGAUGGACACUGAGGUAGUGGCACCCUGCCCACGGAUCCCGGUGCUGUGUCCUCCCAACCGUGGCUGUUACACGUGGUCCAGCUUUCUCUUGGCCAGUAAAAUGGGACCAAGUAUUUUCUCUCUUCCUUCGGGCACUCGCUCCUGGUGGGACUUUCCAGCCAGCUUCUGGCCACCAGUGCCAACUCCCCAUCCCACUGGAAACCUGUUUUCUCCCUGGGACACUGCUGUGCUGUAGCACUGGACAAUGGCUCGAGGCUGCCGAGCACUUGGAUCUUAGGACUUGCUGCUAAAAUGGAUGCUGGUUUUUAUUUCAGGCUUGGUUUUUUCAUGUUAAAAGAUGACCUUGGGCUGACCAGGAACCCCCAAAAAUGUGGAUGAGUUGCCACUGCUGCUCUGGGAGAAAGCCACCUAUUUGUCCCUGUCUCAGCAUCCCUGGGAAUGUGCCUGGAGGAAUGGCCCUGAAGACAGGGAUCUGUGGGGAUGGGGGGAAAGGGCCCACUAGCCCUGUGUGGUGUCAUCUAUCCCACACACAAGGGUGGGGGUACAAGGCAGGGCCCCCCAGCCCUUCUCUCCUGGAGCACCAGGCUCAGAGAGCAGGGAGAUGUGUGUGUGUGUCCCUUGCAAAGCACUUUAAGGUCCCCCAGACCAGGUGUCCAUGCUGGGUUCCACACCUGGCCCAGGUGUGCUCACCCCAUGGAGGCGUUGGAAAGGAGCCCAUGGCUGGCACUGGGGAAUGGCCUGGAGAACAGCGUCUGUGCCUGGUUCAUGUUAACCUUCCACCGCAUGGAGCUGAGUGCUGCAGGAUUUGUCCUGCAGGAUUUGUCCCACAGCCCCCGUGGAGCACACUGGGGCAGCAGGUGAUUCCUGUGGCAUUCCUUCGGGUUUUCUUUCCUGUUUUUUUGGAACUACAAGUGCUGACGGGGCCAAAUCCCAGCGCCCUGGGGAAGAGCUCGCUGCUCCCUCCGGGCUUGGAACAGCUUUUAAAUGAAAUGAAAAUAAACCCAGGAGUUUCUAGCACAUCACUAUUCUCACCAGCGUCCUCCACAGCAUUGUUAGGCUGUGAGCCCCAAAAUCAGGCACCCCAAAAAUCUGUGAUGUCCCAGUGUCCCUUCAGGAUGUGCAUGUCCUCUCACGGGGACAGGGAUGCUCCCGACCGAUGGGCCAAGGUUAUUGCACUAGAUGGCAGCAGAGACUGCGGGAUGUGACCUGCUGGUGGCAGGGCCACCCUGGGGACAGCGGUGCCGGGGGAAAGGGGCUGAGUUGCAGCCCCACCCUGCUGGGGUGGGCAGGGUGAGCCUUCCUCUUUCUCCUUCUCCCCCUCCUCCCUGCACAUCCAUUAAAUUCCUGGCCUGGCCCAUGCAGCAAAAUGCGUGAAAAUGGCCCUGGUUGAAAACCACGGUAGCAUUGGUUAAGUGGGGACAAGGGGUGGUGUCACCUGUUUUGGGCGGGGUUUGGUACCCGGGGGUGCCUGGGAGGGAUGGUCUGGUUUCUUCAAAGCCCUGGCAUUAUGGGGCUGUCAGAGCCUUUGAUUCCGUGGGUGACCUGGAGGAUGAAAGGCGUCAUCCUGUCCCUGCCAGGGACUCACCCAGCUCGUUUACCCGGUGGAAAUGGGUUUAGGGUUGUUUUUCCAACAAACGAGUUGGUGUUUAGUGGGUCCUCAAAGUGAGGUUCCUGGCCCCAAGAAGAGGUUUAGAGGACUGGGGCAGGGGAUUGGUCUGAUGUGCUCAGCCUGGUGUUUGGGUGCUCCAGCAGCAAGUGCUUAGGGUCCCUGUGCUGAGCCCAAGCCAGGAACGUGGUCUCCUCUAAGGACUCUGGUUAAAGCCAGUGGUGGGACAAGCCACAAGUGUGGUGACACAUAGGAGAUUUGGAGGAGCACUGGGGUGAACUCCCAGCGUGUUUGGGGGGUCCCUGCUGCCAGGAUGUGGUUGGAAGGCUCUGGUUUUGUUUCCCAGCUGGUGUCUGCCCACCUGGUUUGGUGCGUCUUGGCUUCCCCAAUGCUUGAGUCUAUUUGCUUUCCUUUGUGUAAAAGUCUUGGGUGCAGGGAAUGUCCCUGGAUGCUCACCUUGCUGGCCUGGAAACAGGGAUGAGGAGCACAGAGUGGUGCUGCAUGAGCACAGCCCCUGCUCUCAAAUCCCCCUGCUGUUCCCCAUGCACACCCACCACCCCAUCUUCCUCCCUCCCUAGCCCAAGCCAACCUCUAAAAUAGGACUGAGAGAUGAAAUCAGAAGAAGGCACUGUCAGACGGAUGAGUCAGAGCCAUCAUGCUGUGACACUGUGCCACAGCAUUAGCAGGGACACCAAGGCCGGGAAGCACACGGUUUGGUCUGAGUUUUAUUCAGGAUUUGGGAGUGGCAGUGACGUUGCUCUGGCAAAGCCCCUCAGAGUCCAAAGGGAAUCCCCUUCAGGGCUGGAUCCCGUUCUCACUGCAGCUGAGCGGGUUUUCCAGGGACGGCUGAUGCUGGAGGCUGCUCUCCUGUCCAGGCAGUGUUAGGAGGGAGGGCAAUGGCCCCAGCCCUUGUACAUGGCCCCAGUGUUGACGUGAGGGUGUUUUGGGGCAGUCUGGGCUGAUAUCUUGACUUUCACCUGGAGUAAGGGAAGGUGAAGCCCUCAAUCCCCUUGGUGCUGUGCUGCUGCACACACCGGUGGAGUGUGAAGAGCUCCAAGGUAAAAACAGUCCUUCCUCAAGGAUUGUAUUUAACCCCGAUUUCCCUCCUCAGGUAGAGGUGUGGUUGCUCUGCUAGACACUACCUGAGCAACCUGCUCUUUGCUUCUCACCAGGUGAGAGAUUAUUCCUUAUCCUGCAAUGACAUCUCAGUUUAAUUUUUAUUUUCCGCACUGCUAAGCCUGUCUUUAAGGAGAGGAUCCACUCCUGGAUCUCAGCCAUCAUCCAGCACGGGAAGAGAAGUGUUUCAGUUUUCUGAAGUGCAUUAAGGACUUCAAGGAGCCCGCAGUUAUCUUUGGCUUUUAUACCUCAAACUCUGUCCUUUUGUUCUCCCUGGUGUGGUUUUUUUUCCUCUCAAGUAACAGAACUGGUUUUGUGUUAGAGCAGUGACCGCUAACAAGGGUUGGGGAGCACUGACGAACCCUCCCCGCUCAGAGACGACCUAAAAUCCUAAUGAAAAACCCCAAACUUCAAAGAGUGAGUGUUGCUUUUCAUCUCAAUAAAGUUUCUUUUCCUAGGA